AUGUCAGGAUAUUCGGAUAAUCCUUUUAUCAACAACACGCCUUCUUCGUCUCCGCAGAAACCUCGGGAUGGAAAUAGAGUUUUAAAGCGACCGUUCGGUAGCUCAUCGUCAUCGUCAUUGCUGUCUUCUCCUAGUAGACAGUCACGAACUGCUGGCUCCAUUGUCUAUGCCGAUCGCUUCAUUCCAAACCGGACGGGUAUUGAUUUAAACACUUUGGCUUCUAUAGGUAGUAGCGCCAGUCUACCGCCACCUGGCCCCUCCUCAACAGAUGAUCAAGUCGAAUUGCAAAAAGAGAUUCAAGCACACGAAACGUUUGAUGCAGUUCUUAAGAAUGAGCUUUUUGGUGAGAAAUUGGUGCGCGACGCUGUGGGAAAGGAAAGUAGCAUCGAUCGGAUUAAGAAUACUAGGUCUUCCGCGAUUGAUUUCUUGGGCGGGAGCAAUAAUACAGUACAAGAUAGCUCAUUGUUUGAUGAAGAGCACCCAGACUCUGCACCCGCUACGCCGCGAAGGAUCCUGCCUAGUAAUGAUGAGUAUCGCAGGCCUUCGAGCAAUUCACUUCGCGGUGCAAGCCUACUCACCUACACGGGAAGUAAUGGUACUCGACCUUCAACGGUGUCCUUAAUGCAGUCCCAAAUCUUCGAUUCAAUGUCUCCGGUUCGCCCUGACUCAGAGAAGUUUCUUUUAUCACCAGGUAGAAAGUUUAGGCAGAUCGUCAAGAUUCCAUACAGAGUGCUCGACGCACCAUCGCUUGCCGAUGACUUCUACUAUGACUUGGUCGAUUGGUCUUCUACUGAUAUGUUGGCUGUGGCUCUUGGAAAGUCGAUCUUUCUGACUGAUAAUGCUUCAGGUGAUGUAGUUCACCUUUGCGAUACCGAAAAUGAAUACACAAGCUUGAGCUGGGUCGGAGCAGGCUCUCAUCUAGCUAUAGGGCAAGCGAACGGUUUGGUCGAGAUAUAUGACGUGGUGAAGAGGAAGUGUAUUAGAACUUUGUCAGGGCAUAAGGAUAGGGUUGCUUGUCUCUCGUGGAACAACCACAUAUUAACAUCAGGUAGUCGGGACAGGCGUAUCCUCCAUAGAGACGUCCGUGUACCUGACUCUUUCUUCGAGCGCAUAGAGACACACUCGCAAGAAGUAUGUGGCUUAAAAUGGAACCCAGAGAGCAAUAAAUUAGCAUCUGGCGGGAAUGAUAAUAUGGUUUAUGUAUAUGACGGGACCUCUAGAUCGCCGGUCUUGAAAUUUGAAGAGCACACAGCAGCCGUGAAAGCCUUAGCGUGGUCGCCUCACAAGAGAGGAAUUUUGGCCUCUGGUGGCGGUACAGCAGAUCGAAAGCUAAAGACGUGGAAUGUGAACACGGGAUUCAAAGUAAAUGAAGUCGAUACGGGAUCUCAGGUGUGCAAUAUGAUCUGGUCGAAGAAUACGGAUGAAAUCGUUACUUCACACGGCUAUUCAAGGUACAAUCUAACACUGUGGGAUUAUCCAACCAUGAAUCCGGUAGCGAUAUUAAAGGGACAUAGUUUUAGGGUCUUGCACUUAACCUUGUCAGCAGACGGUACUACUGUGGUAUCUGGCGCGGGUGAUGAAACUCUCCGAUAUUGGAAGAUUUUUGACAAACCGAAGGCUAAAGUAAAGCCAGAUUCGGUGAUUUUUGGGUCUUUUGGGCAAAUAAGGUGA